AUGAAAAACAAAAUACUAGAAGUGGAAAACAAAACGAUGCGAUUAGAAAAGGAAUCAGAUGCGAUGUUAAUGGAGAGUGUCAUAAUAGGACGAACGAUGCUGCGUGUGGAGACAGAAACCAAUGACAUUGAAAACAAAGCUGUGGGUUUGAAGGAGACGACCGAGAAUCUCCAGAACAAGACAGGAGACCUGCAGGAAGGAACUCAGAGUCUGCAGGCUCAGAUUGAAGCUCUACAGAACAAGAUGAUGCACUUAGAGAACAUGAUGGAAAAAAUCUUGAACAUGACAGUAGAAAUUGAAGACCAUACAUUAGGUCUGGAAAAAGAAACACUGGAUUUGGAGAAUAAGACAGUCGAAUUGGAAGACAAGGUGACUGGUAUUUAUAAUUGGACUCAACAGAUGCAGAAGCGAACGUCGCAACUGGAGAACAAGACUACUGGACUGCGGAGCAAGACAGUAGGCUUGCAAAACAAGGCAUCAGUCCUGAAAAAGAAAGCUUUUCCUGCAGAUGAUGAUGUGUUGUCUGCGAGGAAAAACAGUAGGCGUGUAAGACAACAACGCCGCCGGAAAACAAAACAACCCUACUACAACUGUGGAAAGACAAACUGCUGCAGUACAAUGUACAACUCAAGAAAGUACGAACUGUAACCGAAAGGGCAAUCCACAGUGGCGCUGCUGAGGCAGACAGAUGACAGAGAGGCCGAGGAGAUCUGAACGAAGGCUCCUCGUCCCUGUCAUGGAAAGGAAGGAUCUUUUCUUUACCUUACCUUUCCGAACUGAGUGACUUUUUCUCUAUGACUUUCUAAUAA